UCAUAGAUCGUGGUUAGAGCUUCUCGUCAGCUGUCUGAGUGAAGACCGCGUCCGCUCUGCUUUUCAUUUAGCUCUAUAGUUACAGGGACGUUGAUUUUCAAGAGCGUGACUGAAGUAUUAAAUUCAGUAUGUUUGGAGCAGUGGUGGUUGGAGUUGGCUUAGCAGGGAGGGUGAGGAUCACAGACAUGUUGACACCAUUGCGUGACAGUGCUGCAGAGAAGCUUACUGUCAAAGGAUUCAUAUCCAGGAGAAGCCUGAACGCUCAGCAGGGAGUGAGCCAGAUGUCACUGGAAGAAGCUGUUGGCAGAGAGGAUGUUCGUGUAGCAUUCAUCUGCACUGAGAAUGUCUCACAUGAGGAUUUGAUAAGGACUUUUUUGCAGGCAGGGAAGCAUGUUUGUGUUGAGUAUCCCAUGACCAUCAGCUAUAAGGCUGCACUGGAUCUCUGGAAUUUGGCUCAGGAAAAAGGACUGACUCUUCAUGAAGAACAUAUAGAACUACUGACAGCAGACUACAAAGAGCUGAAGAAAGCAGUGGCAGGGAAAACACUGCAGGACGGGACGCUUCAUUUCACCGGUGGAGUUAUGAAACCUGGAUUUGGUUUCCCAUCAUUCAGUGGCAUUUCUCGCCUCACCUGGCUGGUUGACUUGUUUGGCAAGCUGUCUGUAACGGCUGCGACUUUGGAGCAAAGUUCCAGUGAGAACUCCACCAAGAUGACUGCACAACUGCUAACCGCUGAUCAGAGGCCUCUGAUGUGGAUUGAGGAACGGGGACCGGGUCUUCCCAGGGCCAAGAGCAUACACUUUAAUUUUGACACAGGCACUCUGACCCAGAUCCCUCCUGCCCCCAAAGAGACUGUGGGCAUCUUCAUGCAGGACAUGAUCAUGUUCUCUGCCAAGCUUCUGGGUCAGGUGAGCCCUGAGGAGCUCCACAGAGAGAAAACAAGAAUUCUACACUGCCUGGAACUUGCUGAGAAGAUACAACAACUCUGUCAAAGUUAGGUGGGAAUAAUAUACAAAUAAUAAAUGUU